AUGGGCAAUAUCGUCCUGCGGAACCGUAUCUUGGAGAAUAUGAACAAUCUCGAUGGUGAUGAUGGCGGCGGAGAUAUUGAAAUGCUGCGUGAACGGUUGUUCAACGGUAUCCAACCGCAAGAGGACGAAGAUGAUUUGCCCGCGUCACAGAGCGAAUUUGCGUCCAUCCUGCGUCACCUUAUACGGAGCGGUGAAAUAAUGGUGCUUAACUACGAAAGCUACACGCAUCUUCCACUACCAGUGAUAAAGAAGAAACCGAAUCUGCAGAAACUGAUGCGUAAUGACAUCUAUCACUCCACCAAGAGUGCUUCGGGACAGAACGAAAUGACGAGCGUUGGUGAGAAUUCGAAUACGCCUACUACACCGUUUUCUCUGAUGGACAUGGUUACCAAGCGACAGCAAGGACUUGGAAAACGCAAGGGUGCGUUCAUGCAGAGUGAUAAAUGCAAGAUCAUGAACCACUUCCGGCCGAAUACCUGCACCGAAACGGUUAGUUCGUGCGAUUCGAAGGUGUUCUGCGGCAGGUUCACCACCAACGGGAAUCGUUUUGUAACGGCUAGCCAGGACGCGCUGGUACGCGUGUACGAUUCGUCCGGCAGCCAGUACAAGCUGAUGCGCGUACUGGAGACGAAGCAUGUGGCUUGGUCUAUACUGGACAUCGAUUUCAGUCCCGAUGGUAACUCGUUCGUCUACAGUACCUGGGCCGACGCAUUGUUUAUUUCCAGCAUGGAUCGUGGCAUGUCGGACAGCAUACAUUCGCUUUACUUGAGGCCGAACAACCGGAAGCUUGGCGUAUUUACGGUGUGCUACUCGAGCUGUGGCAAGCACAUUUUGUGCGGUGCCAACGAUGGCAGGCUGUACGCGUACGAUAUCGAGGCCAAUCGGCGUACGCUUAUGACGCCCGUUGCACGCGUCGAUACGGACGUCAACUCGGUUGGGUUCGUCGAUGAGCUGUCGAACAUAUUCUUCAGCGGUAGUGACGAUAGCGUUAUUAAGCUAUGGGAUCGUCGAUGCAUGAACGAAACGAACCCGGAAGCGGUAGGCCGGUUGAUUGGCCAUUACGACGGCAUAACGUAUAUCAAUUCGCGCAAUGACGGUAGGUACAUCAUUUCGAACUCGAAGGACCAAAGCAUUAAGCUGUGGGAUCUGCGCAAAAUGUCACCGUCCAACAUCCGACGCGAACAACCCCAUAGCCUGUGGGAUUACCGAUGGGACGACGUACCGAAACGCUUCUUCAACUUUACGAAAUCGAUGAAGGGCGACACCAGUAUAAUGACCUACCGUGGACACAAAGUGCAGAAGAGCUUAAUACGCGCCAAAUUCUCCCCUGCAAGCACUACCGGCCAGCGCUACAUCUAUACAGGUUGCGGUACUGGUCGUCUAAUAAUUUAUGACGUAUUGACCGGCGCGAUAGUGGAAGCGAUUGAAGGGCAUCAUGAUAUUGUGCGCGACGUGGACUGGCAUCCACACAGACCUGAAAUUAUGACUUGUUCGUGGGACUGCAGCGUACAUCGGCAUAUGCAUUGUAGCUCGAUCGAGAAACAGGAGCUCCGGGAAAGGGAGUCAGCAUUGAAGGCCGGUCAGCAGCGUUUACGUCGACGCCUGUAUAAUCCGAAUCUUUCCAACGAUACUGGUUCCGAUGAUGAUGAUGACGAUGAGGUGCCGGAACAGCCACCGGUUCGACGAUCGCGUCGUUUGGCUGAACGGUACAGUAACGAUGGCGGCCGGCACAGUGCAAGCAGUAGUAGUAGCAGCAGCAGCAGUAGCAACGCUAGCACUAGCAGCGCUCGCAGUAGCAGCAGCAGCAGCAGUGGCCGCAGCUCCAGCUCGGGACGAAUCAGCCGUAAUGGAAACUUUUCCGCUUCGCGAUCAAUGCCCUCGUUCGAAUCAUCUAUCCGUUCUUUGCGCCGACGACUACGCGACAGUCCGUGA